GCAAUCCAACCAAUCACAGGCUCUGGAGGGCUUCUCGAAGCUCACACCACGGAAGUGCGGAAAAACUAAAUCCAAAUCGCGGUUACGGACUUGUUUGUUGGAGUUGUGGAGUUAACAAAGUGUCGCCAAACCUUUUGGGAUUUUUACAAGAGAAAAUCACCUCUUUUCUCCAUGCGUCGUCGGUGAUUUUUCUCAUGGCGGUCACACCGAAGAAUGUCGAAUUCAAGUCCGAGUAUAGUUCACAGUGCGUGUCGGAGAGCAGCCCUCAUGACCCCGCGGAGACGCCGCAGCAGAAGCUCAGCGCCUCCCUCAAGGAGCGUCUGAAGAGGUCACGGCGCUCCUUCGCCUCGCCCUUCCGCGCCGCCAAGCGCCUUUGUGUGGACGAGGAAGACGGCCAAGCGCUCGCAACAGAUUCCCAGACGACGUACAACAACACAAACGCUCCACUGGUCAGCUCGCCCGCUGACGUCACGGCGCAGGAAGCCAGACCGAGGAGCGAAAGGUUCUCCGGGACGAGUCCUGGACCCGCUGGCGGUCACUCCGAAGACUUGGCACGACGCAGGGAGCGACUCAGCCGGGAGGUGAAGGACAAGACGGAGACGUUGCGUCGACUUAAGAUGGUGAAGAUGUACAGAAGCAAGAACGACCUGGGCCAGCUCCAGACCUUGGUGGACAAGUGGCGGAGCUGUGCCCAGGAGGCUCUGUAUCAGCUGCAGUCCCAGGUCCCGGUGGACGGACGCAAGGCCAGCCUCUCCGAGCUCAUUGACCUCUUCGGACUGGAUGAGAACAUUCUCCACUUUGACCGCACGGAAGAUGACUUCCUGAACAUGAGCUCAAAACGCAGUCAUUAGAUGGACAAAGAAACCUCUAAAGUCCAGUUUGGGCGCUACUAAUUGUUCACUUUUUGAAACUAAAAGGGAAAUAACAGCAAUAGAAACUUGUUACAGGGUGUAAAGGUCCCUAUUAAGACCAGGCGUCCAAGUGUAAAAAUAAGUGAAGCAAUACUAUUUUUUCCAAAGGCCUUUUGUAAUAAAUAUCAAGUUUUGUGAGUUUAGAGGUGGAUUUUCCCGAAAUAUGUUCAAAUUUCCAACUUUAGAGGUUUCUCUGCAUGGUUAAAUUCCCCCAAAUUCUAGAGGAUUAUUAAAAAAUAUAUAUAUUGAACUCUUUAUUUGUUGCAGCUACUCCAUUUCCACAGCUCUGCAGCAUUUGUUCACUUUUUGAAACAAAGAGGAAAUAACGGCAAUAGAAACUUGUCACAGGGUGUAAAGGUCCCUAUUAAGACUAGACAUACAAGUGUAAAAAUAAGUGAAGCAAUACUAUUUUUUCCAAAGGCCUUUUGUAAUAAAUAUCAAGUUUUUUGAGUUUAGAGGUGGAUUUUCCCGAAAUAUGUUCAAAUUUCCAACUUUAGAGGUUUCUCUGCAUGGUUAAAUUCCCCCAAAAUUUAGAGGAUUUUUUUUUUAAUAAAUUGAGCUCUUUAUUUGUUGCAGCUACUCCAUUUCCAUAGUUUUGCAACAAUUGUUCACUUUUUCAAACAAAAAUGAAAAUAACGGCAAUAGAAACUUGUCACAGGGUGUAAAGGUCCCUAUUAAGACCAGACAUACAAGUGUAAAAAUAAGUGAAGCAAUACUAUUUUUUCCAAAGGCCUUUUGUAAUAAAUAUCAAGUUUUGUGAGUUUA